AACCAGUAUUUCCAUGGAUGAAAAUGAGUGGUGGCAAAGGCGGUGAAUCAAAAAGGACGCGACAAACAUAUAGUAGAAAUCAAACGUUAGAACUUGAAAAGGAAUUUCAUUAUAAUAAAUAUUUAACGCGAAAAAGGCGACAAGAAAUUUCCGAAAGUUUGCAAUUAUCCGAGCGGCAGAAUAGGCGAAUGAAGCACAAAAAGGAAUGUAAAGGUGAAGUAACAACAGUGAAUGAAAGUGAUGAAAGUGCCGAUGAACAGAUACCAACAUGACAAGGAUUAGUGAACGAAGGACUUUUUGCUACCUAAGAUACCAGAAAUUUUAGCCUUAUUACUGGUACCAGCAGUAUACAUCGAAUAGAAGAAAAUGUUGUUAGCUCAAAUUCAUGGAACCCGUUAAUUAAUCUCAACUGUAACGGGAUAUGCAGCAGUCUUC